AUGGCCAGUCUAACUAAGUCUGACAGACAUAUUCUAUCAGUAACAACAUACAACAUGCUCCUCCUAGUCCUGCUCUUCGUCUGGGGCUGUUCUGCCACCUACAAGAUCGGCGUCGGCAAGUCAGACAUAACGGGGCCCGUCGUCGAGGUGAAUUUCAUGGGAUACGCUUACCUCAGCCAGGUGGGCACCGGCUUACGUCAGCGGCUGUUCGCCCGGGCGUUCAUCGUCGGCGACGUCGACGACGCCAACAACUGCUUCGUCUACGUCAACCUGGACACGGCGUGCGGCGACACGGCCGUCCGGUACGGCAUCCUGGACGCGCUGGCGGCGCUGGGCAGCGAGUAUGCCGUGUACGGGCAGCAGAACGUCGCCGUGGUGGGCACGCACCAGCACUCGGGCCCGGGGGCGUGGAUGAACUACCUGCUGCCGCAGGUGACGAGCCUGGGCUUCGACCAGCAGAGCUACGAGGCGAUCGUGACGGGCGCGGUGGCGGCGAUCCGCCAGGCGCACGAGUCGCUGACGGAGGGCUCUCUGGCCGUCGCGACGACCAACGUCACCGACGCCAACAUCAACCGCAGCCUGUACGCGUACCUGAACAACCCGGCGGCCGAGCGGGCGCGGUACACCAGCAGCACGGACGAGACGAUGACCAUGCUGCGCUUCCGGCGGGCGUCGGAUGGUCUGGACGUGGGCGUGCUGGUCUGGUUCGCGGUGCACGGCACCAGCGCGUACGAGAACAACACGCACGUCACCGCCGACAACAAGGGGGUCGCCGAGUACCUGUUCGAGAAGGCCAUGGCAGACGCGGCCAGCGCGGCCGACGGCUUUGUCGCCGCCUUUACGCAGUCGUCGGUGGGCGACUCGUCGCCCAACGUGCUCGGGGCGUGGUGCGACGACGGCUCGCCCUGUUCGUUCGAGAACAGCACCUGCGACGGCGUGGCGGGCUCAUGCCAUGGACGAGGCCCGGCGUUUCGCGCCCUCGACCUGGGCAUCACCAGCUGCUACGAGAUCGGCCGGCGGCAGUUUGCCCCCGCGCUGCAGCUGUACGAGACCUUCGACAGCGUGGCGACCGCGCUGACCGAUCCCUCCGUCAGAGCCUUCCACUUCUUCCACCAGAUGGACGGCUUCACCUUUGCCCUGCCCAACGGCACCGAGGUGGCCACCUGCGCCGCCGCGCUGGGCUACUCCUUUGCCGCGGGCACGACCGACGGGCCCGGCCCGUUCGACUUCACCCAGGCCGACUCGGGCGUCGCAGACGCCAACCCGCUGUGGGCGGUGGUCAGCGAUCUGCUGGAGACGCCCACCGCGGCGCAGGUGGCCUGCCAGGCGCCCAAGCCCAUCCUGCUGGACGUCGGGCAGAUGACGGAGCCGUACGCGUGGGCGCCCAACAUCGUCGACGUGCAGCUGCUGCGCGUCGGCCAGCUGAUCGUCAUCGUCUCGCCCAGCGAGGUCACCACCAUGUCCGGGCGGAGAUGGAAGGACGCCAUCCGCACCGCCGCCGUCGAGCAAGGCGUCGUCGCCGCCGACGUGGACCCUAUCGUCGUCGUCUCCUCGCCGGCCAACACGUACGCGCACUACGUCGCCACGCCCGAGGAAUACGCCAUCCAGCGCUACGAGGGGGCGUCCACGCUGUACGGACCAUGGCAGCUGCCGGCCUACAUCAACCUCACGGUCAGCAACAUCGGCUAUCUCGUCGCUGGCGCAGGAUCCCCGGCGGAGGGGACCUACCCGCCCGACAACCGGAACGUCAGUCUGGACUUCAUCGCCGGCGUGGUCUACGACAGCCCGCCGCUCGGGUACGCGUUUGGCGACGUGCUGGUGCAGCCGGCGAGCUCGUAUGCUGCCGGCGAGGUGGUCAACGCGACCUUUGUCGGUGCCAACCCGCGCAACAACCUCCGGCUGGGCGAGACCUUUGCCGCCGUCGAACAGGCCGUCGCUGACGUCUGGACGGUCGUCAUGGACGACUGGGACUGGUACCUCGAGUAUACGUGGGCGCAGACGGACGUCCUCCUCGGCAGCAGCCAGGUGGUUGUCUCGUGGGAGACGCAGGAUCCAGCGCCGGGAGUGUAUCGGAUGCAUUAUUAUGGCGAUUGGAAGGAUGUUUUGGGGACUGUCACUUCCUUUGAGAGUGUUUCCACCAACUUUACCAUCAGCGGUACUUAG